GUUGCUCAGAGCUGCUGCUGAAGCACCAUGUCUAAGAAUUCCGAGUUCAUCAAUUUGUCUUUUCUACUGGAUCAUGAGAAGGAAAUGAUCCUGGGAGUCCUUAAGAGGGACGAAUACUUGAAGAAAGUGGACGACAAGAGAAUAAGGAAAUUGAAAAAUGAACUCUUAGAAGCAAAACGUAGAAGUGGAAAGACUCAUCAAGAGACCAGCAGGGUCUGUGUUCACUGUCAGAGAAACCUGGGCUUAAUAUUUGACCGGGGAGACCCAUGCCAGGCCUGCUCCCUUAGAGUGUGCAGUGCGUGUCGGGUCUCAGGCCUGGACGGCAGCUGGAAGUGCACUGUCUGUGCCAAAGUCGCGCAGCUAAGGAUUAUAACUGGUGAAUGGUUUUUUGAAGAAAAAGCAAAGCGGUUCAAGCAGGUCAAUGUUCUGGGCACUGAUGUUAUCCGACAGUCCAUCUUAAGAAGAAGUCCAGGAGCUGAAGAAAUACAAAACCAAGAAAAAACCCGUCGGGAUGCAGAGAAGUCCAAUGCAUCACCUUCAGCUGGGCCGAAGGGCAGCCAUGAAGGGCCCCGCAGAAAAGGAUUUCUUCUUAGCAAGUUCAGAUCAGCAACCAGAGGAGAAAUCAUCACUCCAAAAUCUGAGAGCGGACGGAGCUACAGUUUGGACUUGGACAGCCAGCAUUUUCGGGGUUUGAAGUCAGUCUCUGGCUCUGACAGGGGAAGCACUGGAUCAUCCGAUCUCAAUGACCUGGAAGCUGCGCCGGGGACUCCAAAGAGCUACCGUAGCAAUGGAAUGACUCCAGUCUCUCAGAGGUCACCAGCCCCAAGCACACGCAGUGGUACCUCAGGCAGCAGUAGAGAGCGUGGUUUUGAAAAUUCCAUGGAUCCGGCUGCCAUUGAAAGUAUGCCUGAGGAUUUCACAAGGCGUCAUCGCAGAAAUGGGUCUGGUACACCUUCCAUAGCAGUGUCCAGGGCCUCCCUUUCCUCAGACCGGAGUCGAUCUGAGUUGGACCUAAGUGAGUCCCUUCCAGAAGAUUUUGAGGAUACCGGAAGCAUAAGAAGCAAGUCUGUCUGUGGUACUUUAGACAAAGAUUUGGACUACUUGGAAGAGUCUGAAAGCAUUAAUAACUUGGUGCCCUCCCGGUUUUCUGCAAACACCCACAGUCUUGCAAGUGGCCCAUCAACCAAUUGUCAAGCAGGCUCUGACAGGAAAUGGACCUACCUAAAUGUGCCCGACGCUGACUCAGACACUACCAGUCUUAACAGUAUGAUGAGUGUUUACAGUGAAACAGGAGACUAUGGCAACGUGAAGGUCAGUGGUGAAAUCCUUCUGCAUAUCAGCUACUGCUACAAAACCGGUGGACUCCACAUUUUUGUCAAGAAUUGCAGAAAUCUGGCCAUAGGUGAUGAAAAGAAACAGAGGACAGAUGCAUAUGUCAAGUCAUACCUUCUUCCUGACAAGUCCAGAAACAAUAAGCGCAAAACCAAAAUCAGAACAGGCACCAAUCCAGAAUUCAAUGAAACACUGAAGUACACCAUCAGCCAUACCCAGCUGGAAACCAGAACUCUGCAGCUGUCAGUCUGGCACUAUGAUCGAUUUGGACGAAACAGCUUCCUUGGCGAGGUUGAGAUUCCUUUUGAAUCGUGGAACUUUGAAAAUCCGAGUGAUGAAUGGUUUGUGCUUCAACCCAAGGUGGAGUUUGCUGCUGACAUCACACUUCAGUACAAAGGAGAGCUGACUGUUGUUUUACGCUACAUUCCCCCAGAGGAGACGCUGAUCCUUCCAAUAGGACAACUUCAAGUGGAUGCAGGAAAGAAGACCUUUAAAAGGGGGAAGAAGGAUUCGCCUAUAAUCCCUGGAGGGAUUCUGGAAGUAUUCAUCAAAGAGGCAAAGAAUUUGACAGCGGUGAAGUCUGGAGGCACUUCUGAUAGCUUUGUGAAGGGCUACCUGCUCCCCGAUGAUAGCAAAGCCACCAAGCACAAGACUCUGGUCAUAAAAAGGAGUGUUAACCCUCAGUGGAAUCAUACUUUCAUAUUCAGUGGUCUGUAUCCCCAGGACAUAAAGAACGUUUGUCUAGAACUUACCGUCUGGGACAAAGAGGCCUUUUCCAGCAACGUAUUUCUGGGAGGAGUUCGUUUGAAUUCUGGAACUGGUAUGAGCCAUGGGAAGAAUGUGGAUUGGAUGGACUCUCAAGGCGAAGAGCAACGCCUCUGGCAGAAGAUGGCCGACAAUCCUGGGAUUCCUAUAGAGGGUGUACUCAUGCUCCGUUCCAGCAUGGGGAAGUGUAAAUUCUGAAGGUACCAGUUUUCCAUGAAUCAGGUCUCCAGGGACUGUCUGGAUAUCAUUUCCUACCAGUAGCAUCCUGGGACCUGGAAUUUUGUUUCUAUGUCAUUUCUCUCCUGAAGCUAUUGAGAUGAGAGGGGAGAGAUGUCAGUGUUUUGAACAUUUUAGAGCCUUG